UGAUGAUAAGCUCAAGAGAGUAACUGAAGAAUAGAAUAAUGAAAUACUAAAGAAGAGGAUCGUCAGAAACGCGAGUGCAUGUGCGAGUUUUGCAGUGCUGUGAUUGGCAGCGGCUGCGCGCGGGUCCGAUCAGAUGUGCGUCCCCGCGACUCCUCCACACCUGUGCUCGCGCCUCCCGGCGGAUUUACCGGCACUCUGACGGGAUUUUAACGCGAUUAACGGCACGAUGAAGGAGAAAUCAAAGACUGCGGCGAGGACGCGGCGGGAGAAGGAGAACAGCGAGUUUUACGAGCUCGCCAAAAUGUUGCCUUUGCCGUCCGCCAUCACGUCUCAACUGGACAAAGCGUCCAUCAUCAGACUGACCAGCAGCUACCUGAAGAUGAGACUGGUGUUCCCGCAAGGUUUGGGAGAGGUGUGGGGUCAAGCGGGUCGAACCAGAUCUGGAGAAAACCCAUCCCAUGAGCUCGGAUCUCAUUUACUCCAGGUAAUAAUCAGCAAGAUGCUCCAGACUUUAGACGGGUUUAUAUUUGUAGUGGCUGCAGAUGGGAAGAUCAUGUACAUCUCUGAGACGGCGUCGGUUCAUCUGGGCCUUUCACAGGUAGAAUUGACCGGAAACAGUAUUUAUGAAUACGUUCAUCCAGCGGAUCAUGACGAGAUGGCUGCGGUUCUGACUCCACAACCUUCAUAUCAUUCACACUUCGUCCAGGAGUAUGAGGUGGAGCGAUCGUUCUUCCUGAGAAUGAAGUGUGUUUUGGCGAAGCGUAAUGCUGGACUGACGAGUGGAGGAUAUAAGGUGAUCCACUGCAGCGGGUACCUGAAGAUCCGGCAGUUCAGUCUGGACGCGUCUCCGUUUGACGGCUGCUAUCAGAACGUGGGUCUGGUGGCUGUCGGACACACACUUCCACCCAGCGCCAUCACCGAAAUCAAGCUGCACAGCAACAUGUUCAUGUUUCGCGCCAGUCUGGACAUGAAGCUCAUCUUCCUGGACUCACGGGUGUCAGAUCUGACUGGAUAUGAGCCACAGGACCUGAUUGAGAAGACCCUGUAUCAUCACGUGCACUGCUGUGACAGUUUUCACCUGCGCUGCGCUCAUCACCUCCUGCUGGUCAAAGGUCAGGUGACCACUAAGUAUUACCGCUUCCUGUCGAAGCGCGGCGGCUGGGUUUGGGUCCAGAGUUACGCCACAAUCGUCCACAACAGCCGCUCAUCUAGACCCCAUUGCAUCGUCAGCGUCAACUACGUCCUCACGGACACGGAGUAUAAGGGGCUGAUUCUGUCUCUGGAUCAGCUGAAUCCCAGAAAACCAGCCUUUCCGUAUGCAAACCACAGCGAUAAAACACACACGACCAACAGCAGGAGUAAAAUCCUGCUCUCUCACUACUCACAGCAGUUUUCCUCCUUCCCGCCGGAUCGCUCAGACUCUGAUCACGACAGCCAAUGGGAGGACAGUCCUCUGACAGACUCCGCCUCCCCGCAGCGACUGGACCGCAGCGAUUCGGUGUGCUUCAGUCUGGCUCAGAGCGACGUGAUGCAGUCGUGUUCACAAACACACACGCCGCUGUUCAGCAGAGACGGCUGGUGGGACGCACGCUCCGCAAACCAGCACGCGGUGUGGGAUGAGGAUCUGAGCUCUUCUUCAGCUCAGUCUGCAGACGGCGCUCAGAGUCUGAUCAGAGCUGCGCCGGAGCUCAUUAAGGUGGAGGAGACUCACAUGCGGGAUUAUUCCUCCACCGCUCUCUUCUCCUCUGCCCGCCAUAGAGAUGGAGAUCCGGACGGCAGCCCCGCGUCUCUGUCGGCCCUCAGCAGCCCCGGUUCCGACAGGCAGUCCCAGCCGCUAUCAGCCUCUCCGCCCGCGCUGGAGACCACACACCCCAGCCUGCGCGCGUAUUCUGCACACUACGACAUCAACACACACUUCCAGAGCAGCACAGCGGCACACAACGGCACGUCCGUCAUCAUCACCAACGGCAGCUGACGGAGAAACACUUGCGCGUUCAUCCAGACACAUCUGAAAACAGUGGCGUCAUGCAGCGCUAAACUCAUCUUCUGUGCGUGCAUGAAAUUAAUUAGAAAACCGAGGCAGAGAGCAGGCAUAAUGUGUUCUGUCACAGUGAUUUCAUUAGCACAGCAUCCCAGCGUUUGUUUGCAAGAGCCUUUUAGUAGCUGCAUAGCAACACCACCCUAGCAACAAGACCCAGGGAAUAACCCAGAAUGCUUAAAAAACAACUUUGCAACACCCUAGCAACCAUUUAACAACAUCCAAUCAGUAACCCAGUUAACUUUUCUAACUGACCUAAACAGUGAGAACAUUUAAGCAACUGCAUAGCAACACACUAGCAACCAUCAAUACUACCCUAGUAACAACACAGAGGGAGUUACUCAGAACAUACUGCAACUGCACUAACCAACCACCAACACCACCCUAGCAACAAGGCCCAGGGAAUAACUCAGAACAUAUAAAUAACUGCAUAUCAACACCCUAGCAACCAUUUAACA